CCUCAGAUGGUACGAUGAUACAGCGAGGCAGUGCAGCGGGGGCUGUGCACAUCCACACAGGCAUGGCUCCUCUGGAUGGCAAAAACACAGGAAGAAGGAAGGCUGGGAUUGUAAAUCACCCUCUCUGUUAGGAGUUUUCUGUUUUUGCCAUCUGUGUGUGUGUGUGUGUGUGUGUGUGCGUGUGUGUGUGUGUUUGUGUGCAUGUGUGUGAGCGUGUCAGGGAGGAGGGGACGGUUUCAUCUCCAGCAGCUCUUUUUUUUUUUGCUUUCACUGGGGGAAACCAGGCAGCCAGAUCUGUUUUGCUUCCUGCUGGGGAAAAAAAGGUUGAAAGGACAGCUGUGUGUCAGUUUUUCCACCGUGGAUCUAAUUUUCAAGCAUACAUCUAUAUGUACCCUGGAACUCAUGAAAUGCGAAGAGCGAGCACUGGAGAGUGGGGUGUAGAAUGGCUCACUAUAAGGAUGUAUCUGUCAGGAAGACUUCUUUAAAUCUGGUGACUGGAUUUUUUCAGUAUCUCCGUGAUGAGCAAGAGGCGGUGCAGAAGAGAACAUUCACAAAAUGGAUCAAUUCUCAUUUAGCCAAGCAUAAACCACCAUUAGAGGUUAACGACCUUUUUGAGGACAUCAAAGAUGGGGUGAAGCUCUUGGCUCUGUUGGAGGUCCUGUCUGGCCAAAGACUUCCCUGUGAGCAAGGCCGCCAGCUGAAGAGGAUCCACUGGGUCUCCAACAUCGGCACUGCACUUAAAUUCCUCGAAGGCAGAAAGUCUGUGUAUCGAGGAUCUCCGAUCAAACUUGUUAACAUUCACGCCACUGAUAUCGCAGAUGGACGACCAUCAAUCGUCCUUGGGUUGAUAUGGACCAUUAUCCUCUACUUCCAGAUUGAGGAGCUAACCAGCAACCUGCCAGCCCUCCAGGCCCUAUCCAACAGCAACUCUUCUGUGGAGAGCUUACCCAGCUCUGAAACAGGAAGCCCUCCCAUGAAGAGGAAGGUGGUUAACAAAUUUCAGGGCAAUGCCAAGAAGGCCCUGCUCAGAUGGGUGCAGUGCACAGCUGCCAAGCAUCAUGGAAUUGAGGUGAAGGACUUUGGUCCCAGCUGGCGCGAUGGCGUUGCCUUCCAGACGGUGGUGCACGCCAUCAGGCCAGACCUGGUCGACAUGGAGGUGGUACGGCGGAGAAGCAACAGGGAGAAUCUGGAGGACGCAUUUGCACUUGCAGAAAACGAAUUGGGCAUUCCCCGUCUGCUGGAUCCAGAAGAUGUGGAUGUAGACAAGCCAGAUGAGAAGUCCAUCAUGACAUAUGUGGCUCAGUUUCUCAAGCACUACCCAAACCCCCACCAUUCUGAAACGGAUGGACAGCAGGAUGAGUUUGGUCCCCAAGAUAUAGAGCAAAUGCUUGAGAGAGAGGAGCGGAAGAUGCUGAGAGAGCUGAAGGUGUUUUUAGAUCAACUGGAAAGAGAUGUGCUGCGGGCCCAAGGGGCCGAGGGAAACCUCACCGACAAAUAUCAGGCAUUUAAGAGCUUCCGUGUACAGUAUGAAAUGAAGAAAAAGCAAACAGAUCCACUGCUGCAGCCAGUUCACAAGGAAGGCAAGCUCUCUGUGGAUCAAGCUCUGGUCAAACAGGCCUGGGACCGUGUGUCUGCCAGGCUGCUGGACUGGCACAUCCAUCUGGACAAGUCCCUGCCUGGUCCUCUGGGAGUGAUCGGAGCCUGGCUUCACAGAGCAGAGAUGGCUCUGAGAGAGGACAUUCCCAUCCAACACGCUCAUGAGGAGACAGCCAAUGUUCUUCACAGAAAACUGGAGCAGCAUAAGGAGGUAUUAAAAAACUUGGAAUCACACCGGCAGCCCUUCCAGCAGAUACACAGGGACAGAUCAGUAAAUGGAGUUCCUGUCCCACCUGAACAGCUCCAAGAUAUGGCAGAACGGUUCAACUUUGUGUCUACAUCAUCACAUGCUCACUUGAUCAAAAUGGAAUUCUGGGAAAUGAAGUAUCGACUGAUGGCGUUUCUUAUGCUGGCUGAGUCAAAGCUCAAGUCCUGGAUCAUUAAAUAUGGCCGACGGGAUUCAGUUGAACUCCUGUUGCAGAGCUACCUUACUUUCAUUGAAGGCCACAGAUUUUUCGAGCAGUAUGAGAUAAUCUUCACAUCCCUCAAACACGCUGCAGAAGUGUAUGUUAAGUCUGACAGCUCAAGGUCUAAGACCUGUAACAAAGUUGAUGAAGCAGAAGGGGUGAGUAAAUUCCUCAGUGAUACUACGGCUCAGUGGAAGAACCUGGCUUUGGAGGUGCGGAGUGUUCGCAGCAUGCUGGAGGAGGUGAUUGCUAACUGGGAAAAGUAUAGUAGCACAGUGGCAGCUCUGCAGGCCUGGCUGGAGGAUGCUGAGCAGAUGCUCAACCAAUCAGAGAAUGCCAAACGUGAUUUCUUCAGAAACCUUUCUCACUGGAUCCAGCAGCACAUGGACAUGAAUGAUGCUGGGAACUUCCUCAUUGAGACAUGUGAUGACACGGUUUCACGGGAUCUGAAGCAGCAGCUUCUGCUGCUGAAUGGGAGAUGGAGGGAGCUGUUUGUCAAAGUCAAACAUUAUGCAAGAGCAGAUGAGGUGGACAAGCUGAGACAAGACUACCAAGAUGGGAUUAAUACCUUGAAAAUGUUCAUGGAUGCAACCAAUGAGAAGAUGACUGCUCCUGUCCAAGUAUCUUUCCUCAAUGUCAGAGCCUUUGCUCAAGAUGUUGAGGAAAUCAAGCACAAAGUGCCAGCUAUGGAAGCAGCCUGUAAGGCAGCCAGCCGUACUGCUCAGCUGUUGACCAAAGACACUCCACAAGAGGAAGUUUCACAGAUGAUGGCUGUGAUGGCUUCGAUCAAAGAGCAGCUGAGUAAGAUAAGGGAGAGAUGUUUGCCUCUGCUGAGAGAGUCUCAGUCUCUUUUACCUCCACUGGAAGAAAUGGAGAAGAACAUCACAGGCUUCUACCAAGCUCUGGAGAAGGCUAGUCAUAUCACCAGCACCCCUGAUUCUGAGGGACCAGUAGACUUUAAACAGAAAUGUCAGGAGCUGGUGACCUUCACUCAUAGCUGUAAGAAAUGUCUGACAGUAAUAGAGAGAAACCACCAAACCAUUCAAAAAAUAAUGAACAGCAGUAAAACCCUCCAGCACAUGGACAUGAGUCUUCUGCAGAAACGAGUAGCAGACCUGCAGACCUCCUCACAGAACAUGAUUAAGGAAUCCACAGAGUGGCGAAAACACGUGGAGGCAAACAGCUGCCUCAUGAAGAGGUUUGAUGAGUCACGGGUAGAGCUGGAGAAGGUUCUUAAAAUGGCGCAAAACUGUCUGACAGAAAGAGGCAACCCAGAGGAGCUGCUCAAGAAGCACACAGAAUUCUUUGGACAGCUCGACCAACGGGUCUUGAACACAUUCCUCAAGGCUUGUGAUGAGCUGACAGAUAUUCUGCCAGAGCAGGAGCAGCAGUCACUGCAGGAAACAGUCAGGAAGCUGCACAAACACUGGAAGGACAUUCAGACAAACUCCCCCUUUCACCUCCUGCACCUGAAAGUGGAGGUCGAGAAGAGCAAGCUGAUGCUGUCCCUGCAGGAGUGCCAGGCAGAGGUGACCAGGGAGAACCGCCACCUGGCCAGCAUGGGCAGCGAGAGGCUCAUCAAGGAGCACAGGGCCUUCUUCAGGGAAAAAGGCCCCCAGUCCAUAUGUGAGAAAAGGCUGCAGCUGAUGGAGGAACUUUGCCAAAAACUCCCCGAGGGCGACCCAGCUCACCAAACCUUGGAAACAGCGAGAAAGGACUUCGCUGAGGUCCGGGAGGAAAUCGAGAACACCCAUCAGAAGCUAAUGCAGCACCCAGAAAAAUGGAAAGACUACAAUGCAAGGUAUGCUGAACUCUCCUGCUGGCUGAUUUCUAAAGAAAGCCAACUGAGGCUGCUGAGAAACAGAGCCAACGACCCCAGAAAAUAUGGCCAAGUGAAGGCGACCAUCAUGGAGCUGAGAAAUGACGCAGAGCUACAGGAAGGGAAUCUCGGCUGGCUGAAAGCCCGUAUGGCCGUACUGAUUGAAAUCUGUGCUGACAGCGAUGCCCAGAGGCAAGGAAGUGCACUGAGCAAGCUCUCUACUGAUUUUAAGGGUCUUCUUGCUUCUCUCAUAGAGGCUGAGAAGAUGGUGCUGGCUGUGGGUGAUUGUGUACAGUUCAGGGAAGAGGUACAAACUACUUUGGACGACCUCGUUCAGGGCCAGAAAGAAGCUCAGGCUGAAGUUACCAAAAUACUGGACUGUUCAACUGCUAGAGAAGCCCAACAACUGCUGCUUGUUCACCAGCAACUGUUAAAGCGGCUGAAGCUGAAGAGGAAAGACGUCCAGCAGCUGAUCACCAGAGGCCAGCAGCUCCAGGCCGAGGAGGGACUGGGCGAGACUCUGCAGCAGGACCUGCAGAGCUUAGAGAACACACUCAGCAAAAUGGAGCAGAAUAUGGAUUCACAGGAGCAAAGCCUCGAGGUCACUCUGGCAGCCUGGCAGGAGUUUGACAGCCAACAGGAAGCAGCUCAUGAGUUUGUCAACAAAGCUCGCUCGUCAAUGGAGAGAGACCUGAACUUCAGCAGUCCAGAGAGCCUGGCGGUUGAACUCGACCAGGCCAGAGUGUUGUUGAAGCAGUGUGAAGCCGAGGCCUUGCACAUGAACACGCUGCUGAAGAGAGCGACGGAAAUCCAGCUCGGUCCGAAGAACAAGACUCUGCUUUCACAACAAGCUCGUUCCCUCUGCGAGCAAGUGGACAAAGUGGAGGCCGGACUGAAAAAAGAUGUGAAGACUCUGGAAGACAUGAAAGAUCAGUGGGAUCGGUUUGGAGCUGGAUUUGAAGCCUUUUCCUUGUGGAUAUCUGACAAGGAAAAGCAGCUGGAUGUAAUGAAGUCUUCUACUUUGCCUCUCGCAGAACAGAUCAGCACAGUCAAGGCUGUUGGGAAGGAGCUUCAAGACCGAGCUCAGGUUCUUUCCCAGCUGGAGACAGACUCCCAGGCGCUGGCCCAGUUUGUAUCAUCAGGGGAGGCGGCUCGCAUCAAGGCCCGUCUGACCCAAAUCGGCAGGUACUGGGAGGAGCUGAAGGAGAGCGUGCAGCAGCUUGAUGGACAGCUGGAGGAAAGUUCUUCUCACCAGCAGAAGUUCAAAAUGAACCUGGAGGAGGUACAAACAUCACUUAGUGAGCUACAUACAAAACUGGAGCAUCCACUCAAAUCCUGCACCUCCUCUUCAGAGACCUACAAAGCUCUUCAAAACCACAUGGAUGUCUGUCAGUGUCUGGAGAGGCUGAAGGGAACCUUGCUGUCGCUGUCAGCUGGAGCCCGACGACUCAGUGACAAAGAGCAAGCAGAGAGGACGGUGACGGUACUGAACACCAGCUAUGAGGAAAACGUACAGGAGGCAAAGGACAAACAGAGCACUCUGGAGAACCUGCUGUCUCUUUGGCAAAAGUACGAGAAGCAACGCUCAAACUUUCUUUCCUGCUUGGAGAGAAGUGAAUCUGCGUCCAAACCAGAAAGUCGGUGUCUGUCAGCCGAUAAAGCCAAGCUGCGCAGUGAGAUGCAGGAUCUGCAGGCCCUGCACUCUGAGAUCCAGUCCCUUGAGAGGGCUCAUGUUGAACUGGCAUCUCUGGGGCCUUCAUUAUAUCCUACUGCACCUGAUGAGCGAGUCAGUCAGCUGAAAGAUGAGCUGGAGACCCUGAAGAGGAGAUUGCAUGUCCAAAAUGAAGUCCUCCCCCAAAGAUUCAAAGAGCUUCAGAGCCACCUAUCACUGGUGGAGCAGUUUGAUCAGGCGCUGCUCAAAUUCUCCCAGUGGAGUGAAACCAUGCUGUCAAAUCUGCACUCAGCUUCUCAGAUCAACAUUAGCAACCUGCAGUCUGCCGCCACACAGAUAAAGGAGACCCAGGCGGCCCUUCAGAAACAGUCCGCUGUGAGACAGAGCUUGGAGCAGCAGACCGAGAAGCUCUGUCAGUUCUGUGAGCCUAGUGAUGUUCAGCUCCUCCGCAGCAGAGCAGACAGCUGCCUGCAGCCUUACCUGGAGGCCCAGCAGUUAGCUGAGCUGCAGUUAGAGUGUCUGGAGAAACUUGAGACUUUUUUACAGUCCCACAGUGUAGCAGCAGGAGUGUUACGGGGCCUCAGACAGACAGUGGAGAGUGCCGGGAGCUGGGAUCGUGGAAGAGUUGAGGAGCUGCAGCAAGAACUGGCCACUAUUGUUCCAGACAUUACUCAGCUGGAGACUCUUGCCAUCACUCUGGACAGCAGUCUCUGCAAAAGCCAUCUCCACAUCGGUGCUGAUGAGGGUUCUCGUAAGACGUGCCGCAUGCUGGCUGAUUCACUCAGUGCUGAGCUGGAUGCUGUGAGGAACUUGCUUGGUACUAAACAGAGUGAAGCAGAAGCCCUGGGGGCUCUGUGGACGUCAUUUAGACAGCGGAAAGAACAGCUGCUCAAAGCGGUGGAAGACAUUGAAGAGAAAGCCGACCACCAGAGCUUCAAAGAGCCCAGCCUGCAUGCUCUGCAGCAGCGACUCCGGUUCUUUAAUCAGCUGGAGGAUGAACUCCAGUCACAUCAGCAUGAGGAGCAGUGGUUGAGGGAUAAAGGCAACCAGCUGGCUCAGAGAGAUGCAGAGCUGGCUGGGGAGGUUCUGAGAGAAAUCAGCCUGCUGGAGACGACAUGGGAGGACACCAAGAAACUCAUCACAGAGAGACAAGACCAGUGCAAUAUCCUUGCUGAGCUUAUGAGAGAAUACCAAAUCCUGAAAGCCUCCAUCAGCUGCAUUAUUGAGAGUGCUGAACCUCUGGUUGAGAUAAACGCUGUUCUAAAGGACCACGAGGAAACCAAGAGAUCACUAACCAAGCAUGAAGGAGUGAAGGUGGAGAUGGCCAGUAAGCAGCACGAACUGGAUCAGUUUUCCAGCAAAGGAAAGCAGCUGGUGAUUGAACUAAAGAAGAUCCCCGACUGUGACUUUCAAAUGAUGAAGAAGGACAUGGAGACGCUUGUUGAUCAGUGGCUGGACGUGUCUGAGAAAAUAGAUGACAACAUAGUUCGCCUGAACCAGAGUUUGGCUCUGUGGGACGAUGUGCGGAAAAUCAACGAGGACAUCGAGGGCUGGACGAGCAGCUGUGUGAUCGAACUAAAUGAAAGCCUGAACAACCUGAACAAUAGUCAGAAGGUGUCAGGACGGCUCUCAGCGUUGCAGGCAGAAAUGGGUGAGAAGGAGCAGAAACUUGAAAUCCUACAAAGCAAAGUGUCAGAGCUGAAGAAGUGCAGUCAAAGUCAAGAGACUCCAGCCAAACUGCAGGUUUUGGAGAACGACCUAAGGAAGAAGAUCAGCACUGUUCAGAAGCUACACGAGCAGGCCAGAGGAAACCUCGUGGACUUCAGCACCCAGAGGAAACAGCUGGAAGACUACAUCUCACAGAUGUCUGCAUGGCUGAAAAGCAUGGAAGAUUCUCUGGUUUCUUCUCCGACUGGGUCAGAUCCCGAAGACAUCUGCCGAGUGAAGGACCUUCAGAAAGAGCUGCAAAAUCAGCAGGGGAGUAUUGACUCCACCAGGGAAAGCCUCAACACGCUGUGUAGAAAGUAUCCGUCUGAGGAGCUGGCUGGUCUGGGUUCAGCUCUCACUGACCUCAUCAAAACUUAUGAGUCAGUGAACCAGCUUUCUGCCCGGACGCUGGUCUCACUGCAGAAUUGUCUUCAGCAGCAGUUCAACGACCUAGUUCAGGAGUUCCAUCGCUGGCUUUCGGAACAAAGGGAGAUCGUGAAAGAAUGCUCUGAUCGAUCAGGAGACACUCAGAUUGUGGAACGCAAACUACAGAAGCUAAAGGGUGCCAUGGAUCGCGUGGAGGAGGGUGAGGUGCGUCUUACUCAGGUCUGCGAGGAAGGAGAGAAGCUCCUACUUCAUCUCCCUAAAGCCAGCGCUGGGCAGGUCCAGCAGCACCUGUCCUCCAUCCAGCAGGACUGGGACAGCUUUGUGGAGCAGUGCAGACAGAACCAGCAGAUCCUGGAGGACAGUGCUUCCCUCAUGAAAGGGUUCGAAGGUCGCCUCAAGAAGCUCAGGUGGUGGUUGGAACAUAUGGAGAAGAGAAUGACCACAGAUCUACUUGAGGCCAAGCAGCGAGGACCAGAAAAGGCUGUGCUGGAGCAAGUGGAGGAGUAUCAGCAGGAGGUGCUCAAAGAAAGGGACUCCUUUGAGCGUCUCUGUCAGGAGGGCCAGGCUCUCAAUGAAGGUGGGCGAGGUGACGGGAGUGAAACGAGAGUGUCAGCUCAGCUUCAGUCGCAGCACCAGGCCCUGCAGAGGCGUGUGAGAGAGAGGCUGCGCAGUUGUCAGCUCACUUUACAAGAGCAGCAAGCCUUUGAAGAGACACUGCAGACUACCUGGAUCUGGCUUAAUGGUGUUCAGGAGCGUCUGGCUUCACUCAACAGCACAGUUGGCAAUAAAGAGACUCUGGAGAAAAGACUAGGUCUUGUGCAGGAUAUCCUGCUAAUGAAGGGUGAAGGUGAGGUGAAGCUCAACAUGACAGUAGGAAAAGGAGAACAGGUCCUAAAGCACAACAGAAUGGAGGGGCAGGAGGCUAUUUGUUCACAGCUCCAGAAUUUGAAGGAUGCCUGGGCCAAUAUGUUGAUGACCUCUAUGAGCUGCCACAGUCGUCUGGAGUGGACAGUGGCCCAGUGGACCAGCUUUCAGGAAAAUAAGAGCCAGCUGCAGCAGUGGAUGGAGUCCGUGGAGCAGGAGGUGGGGAUGACUCUGCCUCAGCAGCCAGGCCUCAAAGAGAAAUCUGCUUUACUGGAGCGCCUCAGGGCCAUCCAGGCCGACGUGGACGCUCAUGCGACGGCUCUGUCGCGCCUAACGGACAAGGCGGUGGAGAUGCACGAAAAAACUGGCGACCAGACGUUUGGACCAGAGUCAAGGGCGGAGCUCAACGCACACUUUGCUGAUAUCUCAGCUGUCGUCAAGGGUAAAGUGCAGUCCAUGCAAAACAUCGUGUCUGAACAUGAGCAGUAUUUCGACGCUGUAAGAGACUUCAAUGACUGGCUGGUUUCUGCAAAAGAGGAGCUCCAGCGCUGGUCUGACCUUUCAGGAGACUCCGUUUCCAUCAAAAGAAAGCUCUCCAAAGUGCAGGAGUUGCUUGACUCUAAGCAGCGCGGCAGAGAGAGGCUGAACCGAGUUCAAAGAUGCGGGGCAGUGGCGAGAGAUUACACUGGCUCAGGGGGUUACGAGGCUUUGGAGCGAGAAGAAGCAGCCCUCCUGUCGUCAUGGGAUCAGUGGGAACGUGGGGCGCUGCAGACACGAGCCAGUUUAGAGACAACACUCUCACAAAUAGCCAGCUCUGAACAGGAGUUCACCAGCUUGUCAGCACAGCUGGAGCAAGACCUGCAGGACUUCAACCGCCAGCUGAAGGACUGGAGACUGCGACUGACCCAAGCAGAGGGUAAAAAUGAUGGAGAGGAAGCUGUUAAGGGCUGGCAGAUCGCAAAGGACACUUUGGAGGAACUUGUCAAAGCUGAGCCCACGUCUGAUAGUCUGAAGACCCAACUCAAUGAUCUGUGCCGGUUCUCCAGAGAAAUGGGAACGCAGUCUGAAAGAGUGUCUGCUCUCAUUAAGGAAUACAACAGUCUGAGCCUCCAAGCAUCCAGGGAGUGCCAGAGCAAAGAGAAGCUGCUGGAACAAGGCUUCCGCUCGGCUUUCAGAGAGUUUCAGCAGUGGUUGGUCAAUGCCAAGAUCAACACAGCCAAGUGCUUUGACGUACCUCAAAAUCUCAAUGAGGCUGCAUCUAGCUUGCAGAAGAUUCAGGAAUUUCUAAGUGACAGAGAACAGGGUCAGUCAAAGGUGAAUGCUGUGGUUGUGAACGCUGAGCUCGUCUCUAGCGUCGCAGCUAAAGACAGAGUAGAUGCAGUUCGGGCUAAAAUGAACACCGCCAGAGAGGACUGGAAAAACAUCAUGUCUAGUCUGCACAACAGGGAGACAAGUCUGCAAAACCUUUUGUCUCAGAUGAAGGACUUUGAGGCCAGUGCAGAGCCUCUUCAGGAGUGCCUGAAUGCCACGGAGCUGGCUGUACAGGAAAGCAGCACAAGACUUCAUGAUCUCACAGCCAAAAAGUUAGAGCUUCACAAGCUGCAGUCUGUGCUUGAGGAGUUAGCCUCUCACGAGGUUCAGCUGAACAGGCUGAAAGAGAAGGCCCAGCUGUUGUGGGAUGAACACGCGGCCGGCAAGGGUUUUGUGCACCGCGUCUCGCAACUCUCUGCUCAGUACCUAGCUUUAACCAACCUGACCAAGGAAAAGGCAUCCCGGAUUGAUCGGAUAGUCACAGAGCACCACCUUUUCUCCCAAGGGUUAAAGGAGCUGCAGAACUGGGUGGCCGACACCAGCCAUAUGCUGCAGACGUACUGCGCCCCCACUGCUGACAAAAAUGUUCUUGACAGCAGGAUGAUCAAGCUGGAGGCCUUGCUGACUGCUCGUCAGGAGAAGGAGAUCCAGCUGAAGAUGUUGAUCACAAGAGGAGAGUCAGUUCAGAGAAACACCUCUGCAGAGGGAGUACCUGUAGUCCAAAAACAAAUACAGGACCAAAAGGAUUCAUGGGAUGCCCUGCUCUCAGCUUCUAUUCAGUGCAAAAGUCAGCUGGAGGGUUCACUGUCUCAGUGGACCAGUUACCAGGAGGACGUACGCCAGUUUGUGGCCUGGGUGGAGCGUGUGGAGGAGAGUCUUGAUCCUACCGAUAAACAAUGCCCAGAGAUGAGAGAUAAAACAGCUAAUCUGAGCAAGGCCAAGUUACUGUAUGAAGAAGUGCUCAGCCACACCAGCCUGCUGGACACCAUCACUGCAAAAAGUGCCAGUAUCACAGAGAACUAUGUCACUCAACUGGAGCUGCAAGAUCUGCAGGAGCGUUAUAACACUAUCAAAGACAACGCUAUGAGGGCUGUCGGAAAAGCAGAAGAGCUGGUGAAAGCCCAUCAAGAGUAUCAGCGGGGACUUCAUGCAUUUGAAGAGUGGCUGGAAGAGGAACAAGAGAAGCUUGGCUGCUACACCCAGCUGGAGGGGGAUGUUGAUAUGCUGGAGGAAACUCUCCAAAAGCUGCAGGAGCUGCAGCUGCACUGCACAGAGGGCCAGGCUUUGCUAAACACCAUCCUGGUCAGUCGAGAGCUGGUCAUCCCCUGGGGCAUCCCUCAGAUAGAAGACAGAGCGCUGGAGACACUUCAGCAGGAGUGGAGGCUCUACCAGGCCCGGCUGGCCGACACCCGAGCUCAGCUCAACAGCGCUCUGGCCAAACUGCGGCAGAUGGAGCAGAAGUUCCAGCGUCUUGACAGCUGGCUAAAGGGCAUGGAGACAAAAGCACAACUGCGGAGUAAUCGGCGAUCCGACCGCGCCACCAAAGACGCUCAACUUCAGCUGAUAAAGAGCUGGCAGGAGGAAGUGCUGGUUUAUCAGGAGGAGAUGGAAGGCCUCAGUCUUUUGGCUCAGCAAGUUCUGGAUGAGACACAUAUUAGCAGCCGGAUCAGCAGCAGAGCCACUCAGAUCACAGCUCGAUACCACGCCCUGCUUCUGCAUUUACUGGAGACCAUUAAACAGCUGCAGGAGGAAAUUUGCUGCAUUGAAGAGGCUCAGUGUGUCUUCACCACCUUCUCAGACUGGCUCAGCUCAGCUCAGAAUAACUUCAGCACUGUGGCUAUAAGUGUUGAUAUAGUGGACCGCUUUGCCAUGGAGAGAAAGAUGAAGAAACUGGAGGGUCUUCAGGCUGACAUGGAGCAGGGUCACACUUACCUGAAGGCGAUGAGGGAGAAGACAGAGCGGGCCAUGGCGUUCUUGGAAGAACCUGAAGCAGAGCAGCUGAAGGAAGAAGUGGACACUCGACUCUUCCUCCUAGAGGAGUUGAUGACAGCCCUACGCACAGAGCAUAGCUCCCUUGAGAAAUGCAUCUCCCUCUCCAAAGACUAUAUGGAUAAAUACAAGGCUCAGGCGCAGUGGGUGAUGGAAACCAAGAACCUUUUAGCAUCAAGUGUGGAGCCUAAAGCUGAACUCUACCAGAAGAAGGCUCAGCUAGCAAAAUACAAGACCAUCCAGCAGACAGUGCAGUCUCAUGAGUCAGCAGUAAAAUCUGUCAUUGAGAAAGGAGAGGCGCUGCUCGACACAGUGAAUGACCCCACUAUCAGUGAGAACAUGAAGAGGCUGCAGGCUGACUACCAAGACCUCUGUUUGGCUGCUAAGACGCAGGUCCAGAACCUCAUAGAGUGGGUGAAGGAGCACGAGGAUUACAACAGUGAACUGCAAGAAGUUGAGAAAUGGCUCUUACAGAUGUCCAGCCGGCUGGUGACCUCGGACUCCAUGCAGACCAGCAGUAUGGAGAUGGCCACUCAGCAGCUAGCCCGGCAUAAGGCAAUUAUGGAGGAGAUAGCCAGUUUUGAGGAGCGUCUCACCAGCUUGAAGCAGAAAGGUGAAGGUCUCGUUGCCAGCUGUACAGAUCAAGUUCAAGCUAAGAUCAGCCAACAAGUCCAGGCUCACCAACAGGGAACCAGAGACAGCUACUCUGCUAUCUGCAGCACCGCCCAGCGUGUCUACCAGAGUCUGGACCGGGAGUUGCAGAAACACGUUAACCAUCAGGACACUCUGCAGCAGAGCCAGACGUGGCUCUCCACGGUACAAGAGGAGCUUCAGCUCAACGAUCAGGGACCGUCCGGUCUGCAGGAAGCACUGAAGCAGGUGAAGCACUACAGAGCCCUUCAGGAGCAGGCCAGCACUUACCUGGACCUGGUGUGUUCUGUGUGUGACCUGUCAGAUGAUGCUGUAAGAGUGACAGCUGCUGAAGUCCAGCAGGUCAAACUCACGAUAGAGGAGCGGAUGUCCAGUGCUCAGGAGCUUUCAGAGGGCUGGAGAGAGAUCAAAGAACAGAAACAAGAUCUAACCAGCCUCUUCCAGGACAUGGAGCAGCAGCUUCUCAGCCUCUCCAGAAGACCAGCAGAGCUGGAGACCAAGAUAGCACAAAACAUGCUUUCACAAGCCAAGGAGUGCAGCCAGCAACUGCAGUCUAAACAGAGUAUCCUGACCAAGAUGACCGAGACAGUGAGCAGAUUGACUGGAGGCCAGGACUCUCCGGAACAUGCAGAGCUCGACCGUCUGAGCCAUUCCUGGCUUGAGCUCUGUCACAAGGCCAACAAGCUGCAGAGCCAGAGAGAGGAGGACCUGCAGAGAUCUAAAGAAUAUCACGACUGUAUCGCUGCAGUGGAGGUGCUGUUUGAGCAGGUGUCCAAAGAGUGGGACAAUUUGGCCAGAACGGACGCCGAAAGUUCAUCUCAGCAUUUGGAGGCACUGAGGAAACUUGCAGUAACUCUCGAAGAACAGAAAGGGGCUCUUGAAGACCUCAAGGACCAGAAACAGAAAGUCAUCCAGCAUCUGAACUUGGACGACAAGGAGCUGGUAAAAGAGCAAAUCAGCCACUUUGAGCAGCGAUGGUCUCAGAUGCAAAACCUAAUUGAAAGAAAGAUCCAGGACUCAGUGGUGACCCUAGAAGAUAUGGGUCAGGUGGAGGCCCGCCUGAGAGAGGCUCGGGACUGGGCAGAGGAGCAGCAGCCUGCCCUGUCAGAGGCCAUGAAAAUGAGCCCUCCUCCUGAGCUGGCUCAAAGCUUCCUGUUUGACCACCUGAGCAUCUGCAGCGAGCUGGAGGCCAAGCAGCUCCUCCUGGCCCAGGCCAUGGCGGACGCUGACAGGGUUCUAGCACGACUGGGCCUCAGCGAACGACAUCAUCUGCAGCAGCUGAUUUGUGACACACAAUAUGAGGUGGAAUCUCUGAGCGUGAAAGUGGUGCAGCGCAGAAAACACCUGAGCAAAGCUUUUACUGAGAGGACGCAGUUCCUGAUGGCUGUGAGUCAGUCCAUUUCCUGGGUCCAGCAGAAUGAGAAGAAGGCCCAGUCGGAGGAGUACAUUGCUUUGUUACCUGAUGACUUAGCCAAGCAGGUUCGAACAUGCAGAAACAUCCAAAGCAGUUUAAAAGCGUAUCAGAGCGAGCUCACCUCCUUGUGGUCUCAGGGAAGAGACCUAAUGAGGGAUGCCAGCGAGGAGGAAAGGACUGAGAUUCUCACAAAGUUGCAGGAGUUACAAAAUAUCUUUGACAAAACGCUCCACAGAUGCGGUCAGAAACUUCAGGAGCUUGAAAAAGUGCUUGUUUCUCGAAAGUAUUUCAAGACUGAUCUAGAAAAAAUAUGCCAGUGGAUAAAACAAGCCGAUAUCGUCACCUUCCCUGAAAUAAACCUAAUGGUUGGAGAUGCUGAACUGGAAGCGCAGCUAAUGAAGUAUCAGCAGAUAGUUGAGCAGGCGAUUGAGUAUGAGAACCUCCUCUUAAUUGUCCAAAGAGCUGGACAGGAGAUAUUGCCCACAUUGAAUGAAGUAGAUCACUGCUAUUUGGAUGAAAAACUCAACACCCUCCCCCAGCAAUAUAACAGCAUAUUAGCACUAGCCAAAGAGAAACAGGAGAAAAUCCAGCAGGCCAUUCUCACAAGGAACGAGUACACGUCUUUCAUAGACGUCACUCACAAAGCUCUGAAAGAACUCGAAGAACAGUUCAACAGUCUAGGGACGCAGCCUGUAGGCCUGCAAACAGAAGAGGUGCUCAGCUUGCAGAGUGAUUACAAAGCAAUUCAGACUGAUCUCAGCAACCUGGGUCUAGCUGUGAGUGAGCUGAACCAGAAGAAAGAGGGAUUUCGGAGCACCGGGCAACCGUGGCGCCCGGAGGAAAUGACGCAGCUUGUGAGCCUGUACAAUGGGCUAAAGAGGUUGGUGGAACAGAAAGUAGAGCAUUUGGACGAAACCUUGGAGUCAUUUGAGGACCACAAAGCGAUGGCUAUGCAGGUUGACUUUGAGUUAAAGGCCACAAAAGAGCAGCUGGUGAAAGUGAACGCUGAGACGCAGUCGGCCGAGGAGAGGCUAAAGAACUACCACGCUCUGGCUGGGAGUCUCCAAAGUGCCAACUCUCACUUGUCGAGGCUGAUGGAGCAGAUGGACACUCUCGCCCCUCGUGUGGACCAAGCAGCUCAUGACGCGUCUAAAGAGCAAGUGGUCCUGUGGCAAGACGAGCUGCGAUCCUUACAGGCUGCCGUAGGGGAUCUCAUUGAAGAAUGCGAGACCAGGUUUAUCCAAAGUAAAGACUUUGAGACGGAGAUGAAAAGGACUCUGGACUGGCUGCAGCAGGUCAGGGAUGAACUGGGCUGUGCUGUGAUUGUGGACGUCAGAGUGGAGAAGGUGCAGGAGGAGAUCAGGAAGCAGCAAAUUAUGCAGGAAGAAGUGCAGUCCAGACUGAGAAUUGUGGCUGCUCUUAGUAGCAGAGAAAAGCAGGAGUUUAUCAGUGCCAACGAGCUCGUCCCAACCCACGUAGAUACAAACCUGGAGGAAAUGGCAAAGCUGCAAGCAGACGUUCAGAAAGCGCUGUGCUCCAAACAGAUUACUCUGGAAGAGGCCUUGGUACUGUGUCAGAAAUACCACUUCAGGAUGCAGUCGGCCUGUGAGUGGCUGGAGGAUGCUGUGUCUUUCCUGCAGCAAGCCAGCUUGGGCGUGGAUGUAGAGAACUAUGAAGAGUGUCUCAGACAGCAGGGAGACAUCAUGGCUACGGAACAGGAGUUUCUCAUCCACCUGGAGGAGCUGCAGACUCUGCUUCCUCAGCUAGAGAACCUGGUGAACCCUACAGCUAAAGAUCAGCUUCGGGUGAGCGUGGAGUCGGCAAAGCAGAGAGGCGUGGAGGUUCGAGAUCAGCUCCAGUGUCAUCAGGAUGUCCUUCACAGCUGUGUGGCCCAGUGGAAGACAUACCAGGAGGCAAGGCAGACAGUCAUUGAGCUCAUGAAUGAAGCCGAAAAGAAGCUGACGGAAUUUUCCACUGCAAAGGCAGCAACAAGCCAAGAGGCUGAAGACAAGCUGUGCAGUCACCGCUCCCUUGUAUCACUGGUGAAUGGCUUCCAAGAGAAGCUGAGUGGUUUAGAGGAACAAGCCGCUCAGCUUGAGCUGGUGGGCAGCGAUGCCAGCAAGGCCACCAUCAGUCGCUCCAUGACCACCGUGUGGCAGCGCUGGACACGACUCCGCAGUGUUGCACGAGGACAAGAGAGAGUGCUGGAGGACACAGCACAGGAAUGGAGGACUUUCACAGAGAAGAUGGUGAAGGUUAGAGCUGUCUCUGAUGAGCUCCAGAGUCGUUUCCCGGAUAGUGCAGUAGAGAAGGCCUCCAAAGCUACUCUGCAGUCUCUGUUGGACCAACAUGACCUGCUGAGCCAAGACUUGGAGCGGGAACUGUCUGCCCUCACUCUGCUGCGCCAGUACGCCCUCAGCCUGCUGCACGAUGUGGAAGUGCCUUCACCAACAAAUGAUCAGGAUGAGCUGCCCAGCCUGAAGGAGAUCAGAGCUGUACAAGACCAAAUGGAAAGCCUUUUGACUCAGUCCAGGACCAAGCGAGCUCAGGCAGCCCAAGAACUGAGGGACAGAGAAGAAGUGGAGAAGGAGCUUAGUGUUGUAAAAGCCUGGAUCCAGGAGACCAGAGAGCUUCUCCUCAAUCCCACACCAGACAUCGAUUCUCUGUUGCAGGAGCUUGAGGUUGUACAUGGAGAUGUGAUCACAUAUCGUCAGAAUGUGGAGAAAUUAGCAGAGCAACAGCAGAGCAAGUACCUGGACCUCUACACUAUACUCCCUUCUGAAAUCUCCAUGCAGCUAGCCGAGGUGUCGCUGGCAUUGGGUGCUAUUGAGGAUCAGGUUCUCUCCAAAGAAAGAGAAAACCAGAAAACAAGAGAAAUAAAGGAGGACUUCAGCUCCAGAAUCCACGAAAUUUCAGAGAAACUCAAAGCCAUCUCCAAUAAAUUUAAGGAAAAGUCUCCUGAUGUCGAUCAUGCCAAAGAAGAGGUCAAGAGUCUGUUUGAGGAUUUGGACUCCUGCGGUCGCACUCUCUCAGAACUUGAUGCUGCUGUUCAAGAGUUUGGGCGCAGAAACCCCCUGCUGGCCAAACAGCUGAGCGACGCCAUUAACAAGCUAUCAGAGAUGCAUCACCACACAACACGACUGGCAGACUGCAGGAACAACUGGCUUAAAAAGGCUGUCUGCUAUUUAGACGAGUAUAAUGAGAUGCUGGACUUCAUCUUGAGGUGGUCGGAGAAAGCCAAAAGCCUGGUGAGGGCAAACAUCAUCUGGAACUCUUCAGUUCAUCUGCAGGAGCAGAUUCGGAUGUAUCAGGCUGUCCUGCGUGAAUCUCGAGAGCUCCACGGAGACCUGGAAUCUAUGGCAGAGAAAGUGGAGCUUCUGUCUGAGGUGCUGCAGGUCGAGUCUAUGAGCCAGCAGGUUUGUGAACUGAGUCGACACACUGAGGAGCUUCAGCAAAGCAUGAAGACCCGACUGCAGAGCCUACAGGAUGCAGACAAGAGCAUGGAGGCCCUCGAGUAUGAAGUUAAGGCUCUACAUGUUGCUCUGGAGCAGGUCCAAGCCACACUGACCUCACCAGAGUUGGCACGUCAGAGCCUGAAAGAACAGCUGGCCCAGAGACAGCGUCUGUUGGCAGAUAUGGAGAGCUUCAAGCAGCAGGUACAGGCCGUGCAGCUGUGUCAGAGUGCUCUCCAGGUCCCAGAGGAGGUGAUGCCUAACCUCGCCAUCUGUCGCACCGCUCUGCGUCUGCAGCAAGAAGCCAGUCAGCUGCAGCACGUUGCCAUUCAGCAGUGCAACAUCCUGCAGGAGGCAGUGGUGCAAUACGAGCAAUAUGAACAUGAAGUGAGAGACCUACAGGGGCUGAUAGAGGAAGCACAUCGGGUUAUUCAGGAUCGUCCGAUUCCCAGCAGCAACAUCCAGGAGCUGCAGGCCCAGAUCCUUCACCAUGAAGAACUUGCCCAAAAGAUCAAAGGCUACCAGGAGCAAAUUGCCUCACUAAAUUCAAAGUGCAAAAUGCUGGCAGUAAAGGCAAAGCAUGCCACCAUGCUGCUGACAGUGAGCGAUGUGGAGGGGCUGCCUGAGGGGCUGCAGGAGAUGGAGGCAGAGAAAUCCAAGAAAUCCUCAGCACAAGCCAUCAUGAUGACAGCUGGUCGCUGUCACACUCUGUUGUCACCUGUAACUGAGGAGUCCGGUGAGGAGGGAACUAACAGCGAGAUUUCAUCUCCUCCUGUGUGUCGUUCUCCUUCUCCUAUAACUCAUGCUGAAGUCACCAUAGCCAAGAUGGGACGAGGAACUCUUACAAGAGCUCCAAUCCAAGAACUAUAUGACCCCACAUUUGAGUCUGUAGCCAACUUGGAUGACCUGCAACGCUCAUGGGAGACUUUGAAGAAUGUGAUCAGUGAGAAGCAGCGGUCUUUGUAUGAAGCUCUGGAAAAGCAGCAGCAUUACCAGGGUUCACUGCAGUCAAUCUCUUCUAAAAUGGAGGCUUUAGAGGCCAAACUCAGUGAGCCUCUGGAGGCAGAUAGAAGUCCAGAUAGUCACAUCAGGGCACAUGAGGGUCUGAUUGAAGAGAUUCAUAGUGUCCAGGAUGAAAUAGACAGGCUGCAGAGAAGCUUCACAGAGGAUCUUGCCACCAAUGCUGUGGACUCAGACAUGGCUGACCAGCUGGCCAUGCAGUCCUCCCUCGCUGUGUUGGCAGAGAGGAUGGCCACCAUCCACAUGAAGGCCACAGGAAAACAGCAAAUAUUGGAGGAGCGUGUCAGUGACCGUCUGGAGGGUCAGCGUCAGGAACAGGCCAUACAUCUGUAUCACACCCAGGCAGAUGAACUGGACCAGUGGCUGAUCAGAAUGCGCAGUGCUGUAACCUUCAUCCUUGAACCUCAACCUGUAGAGGAGACAGAUAUGGAGGACCAGCUGGCUGAGUGUCAAAACAUGCUGCUGGAGAUCGAAGAGAAGGUGUUGGCCCUCUCAGAGCUGUCCAUGCACAGCGAGAACCUGCUGCUGGAGGGCCGGACGGACACCAGGGAGGAGGCUGAACAUUUGGCCAGGAAGCUACGGACACUGAAGGGUGGUUUGUUGGAGCUGCAGAGGAUGCUACAAGACAAGCAGGUUAACAUCCAGGGUUCUCUGCAGGAGCAGGAAGACAGUGAAUCUGACUCCAGUCUCUCUCAGAGUCCCAGUGUGCAGGACUGGCUGGCCCAGGCCCGAACCACACGGACUCAGCAGCACCAGGACAGUGUUCAGAGACAGAGGGAACUGGAGGAGCAGCUUGCAGAGCAGAAAAAGCUGCUUCAGUCAGUUGCCAGCAGAGGAGAGGAGAUCCUCAUCCAGCAGGCCUCACCCAGCAGUGCCAGUACAUCGGAGCCGUUUUCACCGGCAGCUUUGGCUGAGAGGGAAACUCAGGCUGGACGGGAACAGAUGAGGCAGAGAUGGGAAAGUUUGAGACUGGAGCUCAAAACUAAACUGCAGCUGCUGCAGAAAACCCUGGAGCAGGACCACAAGCAGCCGGUGUUUUCCAGACCUCCUCGUGUGACCACAGCUGGGCCUCUGUUUAAAGGCGACGCACAGGCAGACAAAUCCUCCCUGAAGACUCUGUAUGAUCACUUCAGACAGACCAUAGAAGACAUGACCACUCAGCCCGGUGGUGGUGAGACACAGGUGCCGCAGAUGGAACAGAAGCUCUACACAGCUGUGUCAUCCACCUCCUCCUGGCUGGAUGGUGUCGAGAACAACGUCUUCUCUGGAUCAGUGCUGCUGGCGGAAAAUGCAGAGACUCAGCUGCAAAAGCAGGAGACCCUGGAGAACGAUGUGAGGCACGUGACGGAGGAGGUGAAGCUCAGCCAGACUCUGCUCGCUGGAUCUUCAGGGAUGCGACACGAAGACCGAGCGCUGCUGGAGGACAACCUCGACUGCCUGAAGGAGAGGUUAGGAGCUCUGGGUUGUGCUCUGGGACAACGCUGUGACCACAUGAGGACCAGAGCACACGAGCUCACAGCCUACCAGACUGAAUUACAGCUUCUCCAAACGGCUUUAAUUGAGACCAAAUGCCAGAUCCUACAAGCCCUGGCUGGAGCAAUGGAUAGACCAGCCUCGAAACAACUGGAGGUCAUUGCCAGUGCAGAGGAGAGCCUGAAAGACUUUGAACAGAGAAUCACAGAGCUUAAAACCAGAGGAGCAGCUCUACAGGCAGAUCAGAUAUCAGCAAACAAACUGCUAAAACUACAGGAUUCUUACGAGGAGCUGGUGAUGACAGUGGGCUCCCGGCGCAGUGGGCUGAACCAGAACAUGGCUCUGAAGGAGCAGUACGAACGAGCUCUGCAGGAUCUGGCCGACCUGGUGGACACCGCGAAGGACAAGAUGGCCGCAGAUCAGAGAAUCAUCGCCAGCUCUGUGGAGGAAGUCCAGCAUCACCUGGACAAACAUAAGGAGUUCUUCCAGGGUCUGGAGUCCCACAUGAUUCUAACAGAGACGUACUUCAGGAAGAUCAGCGGCCUGAUGCUUCCAAAAGAGAAUCAAGCUUUGGAGGAAACGUUGGCUGAAGCUCAGAGUGUCCUGAAACAAGCGCACAGUAAAGGAGUGGAGCUGGAGUGUAUCUUGGAGACUUGGUGCCGUUUAAUGCAGGACUACCAGAGUCUGAACCGACACCUGGAGACGGUGGAGGGAAGUAUUCCUUCUGUGGGUUUAGUGGAAGAAACCGAGGAGCGACUUUUGGACAGAAUCUCCUUGUACCAGGGUCUGAAGGGGAAACUGGCGGAGCACCAGCAUAAGCUCUACCAGGUGCUGGAUGAAGGUAAACAUCUCUUACUGUCAGUUUGUUGUCCUGCGGUGGAGAAUCAGCUCGCCCUGCUGGGAGAACACUGGCUCAACAACACCUCCAAAGUCAACAAGGAGCUACAGCGCCUCGAGGCCAUCCUGAAACACUGGACCAGGUAUCAAAGGGAGUGUGCAGAGAUCAGUGAAUGGCUGCAGUCCGCACUGGAACGUCUGGAGUUUUGGAACACGCAGGCGGUUUUAGUCCCACAGGAGCUGGAAUCUGUCAGAGACCAUCUCUCUGCUUUCCUUGAGUUUUCAAAAGAAGUUGAAGGAAAGUCCAGCCUGAAGAGCUCCGUGGUAUCCGAGGGCAACCAGCUGCUCCGACUGAAGAAGGUGGACACUGUGGUGCUACGCUCCGACCUGUCACGCAUCGACACGCAGUGGACUGAGCUGCUCACACGCAUCCCAGUGGUCCAGGAGAAGCUGCAUCAGAUCCAAAUGGAAAAGCUGGCCUCCCGUCAUGCCAUUUCUGAGCUGUUUAACUGGAUAUCGUUGAUGGAGAAUGUCAUCGAAGAGGAUGAAGAAAACCUCAAGAGUGCUGUCGGCUCAAAUGUGAUUCAAGAUUAUCUCCAGAAAUACAAGGGCUUCAGAGUAGAUCUGAGCUGUAAGCAGCUGACUGUGGACUUUGUCAACCAGUCAGUGCUUCAGAUAAGUGGUCAGGAUGUGGAGAGCAAACGCAGUGACAAGACAGACUUUGCUGAGCGUCUGGGGGCCAUGAAUCGACGGUGGCAGAUCCUACAAGGCCGCAUCAAUGAGAGGAUCCAGUUCUUGGAGAGCCUGUUGGAGAUGUGGCUGGAGUAUGAGAGCAGCGUUCAGGCCCUGAAGUCUUGGAUGGCGACUCAAGAAGAAAGACUGAAGAGGAAAAACCGGAUAGAGGAUCUGACAUCUGUGCAGAAUGCGCUCAAAGACUGUCAGGAAAUGGAGGAGGUGGUGAAAGAAAAAGAGAAAGAGCUAGAGAGAGUAGAGGAGCAAGGCUGUGCUCUUGUCCAGAACAAGACGGAUGAGGCCUGCGCUAUCGUCAUGGAGACGCUCCAAGGUGUCAAUCACACCUGGGCAAACCUGGACCAUUUGAUAGGACAGCUAAAGAUCAGCCUGAAGUCGGUGCUGGAUCAGUGGAGUCUGUACAAACGGGCUUCAGAAGAGAUCAAUGGCUACCUGAUGGAGGGAAGGUACUCCGUGUCUCGUUUCCGCCUCCUCACAGGUUCCCUGGAAGCUGUUCAGCUGCAAGUGCAAAGUCUGCAGGAUUUGCAAGAAGAACUGGAGAAACAGGAGAGCAGUCUGAGAAAGUUUGGUGCAAUAACCCACCAACUGCUGAGGGAGUGUCACCCCUCAGUGUCAGAUUCUCUCAACAAUGCCCUUAAGGACGUCAAUGCAAGAUGGACUGGCUUACUGGAGGAGAUAGCAGAGCGUCUUAGAAGCAGCAAAGGCCUGCUUCAGCUGUGGCAGCGCUACAAGGAGCUUUAUGAACAGAGCUGCAGCAGCAUCCAGCUGCAGGAGGAGAAGGCAGACCAGCUCCUCAAAACCACCUGCAGUAAGGACGUUGCUGAUGAGGAAGUGUCUGACUGGAUCCAAGAAUGCAGCGAGUUGCUUCGGUCUCAAGCUCCAGUUCAGGCUUCGCUGCAGGUUCUCCAAGAGCUUGGAGAGCAACUGAAACAGCAGGUGGACACAUCAGCAGCAUCUGCUAUCCAGUCAGACCACCUGUCUCUGACUCAGCGGCUUUCUGCAGUGGAACAGGCGCUCACCAGACAGCUCACCGCCCUGCAGACUGGAGUUCAAGACUAUGAAACCUUCAAUGAUCAGCUGGAAUCACUGGGCUCCUGGAUAGUUGAAGCUGAGGAGGCUCUGAAGGUACAAGAUCCCAACGGCUCCACUGACCUGACACUCAUCCAGGACCGCAUGGAGGAGCUCAAGAGGCUGAUGCUGAAGUUCAGCAGUAUGGCCCCUGAAUUAGAGCGUCUCAAUGAACUCGGUUACCGGCUUCCUCUCAAUGAUUCAGAGAUCAAGCGCAUGCAGAAUCUCAACAGAAGCUGGUCCACAGCCUCAGCACAGACCACAGAGAGAUUCAGCAAACUCCAGUCAUUCCUCCUCCAGCAGCAGACUUUCCUUGAAAAGUGUGAAACGUGGAUGGAGUUCUUGGUCCAAACAGAAGAGAACCUGGCGGUGGAAAUUUCUGGGAACUACCAGAGUUUGAUGGAACAGCAAAAAGCCCAUGAGUUAUUCCAAGCCGAGAUGUUCAGUCGACAGCAGAUCCUUCACUCUAUCAUCAGUGAUGGACAGAGGAUGUUAGAGCAGGGUCAGGUAGAUGACAGGGAUGAGUUCAACCUGAAGUUGGCCCUUCUGAGUAACCAGUGGCAGGGCGUCGUGCGUCGGGCUCAGCAGAGGCGAGGAAUCAUCGACGGUCUGAUCCGCCAGUGGCAGCGCUACAGAGAAAUGGUGGAGAAGCUGCGCAAGUGGCUGAUAGAGGUCUCCCAUCCCGCAGAGGCGCUUCAGUCAGGAAAUACAAUCCCUCUGCAACAAGCUCGCUCCAUGCUAGAUGCUGUCCAGCUGAAGGAAAAGGUGCUGCAGCGUCAGCAGGGCAGCUACAUCUUGACAGUGGAGGCAGGCAGACAGCUGCUCCUCUCUGCUGAUAGCCGAGCGGAGGUGGCCCUGCAGACGGAGCUGACUGAUAUCCAGGACCGAUGGAAGCAAGCGAGCAUCUGCCUGGAAGAACAGAAGAAAGAGCUGGCCACCUUGUUAAAGGACUGGGAGAGAUGUGAGAAAGGGAUCUGUGGAUCACUGGAAAAACUUCGAGCCUUCAAACGGCAACUCUCCCAACCCCUUCCUCAUCACCAUGAAGAUCUGCAGGCUGAGCAGAUGCGCUGCAAGGAUCUGGAGAAUACAUUUGAUGGCUGGACCGGUGAUCUGGCUCAUCUGAAUGUACUGAGGGAGUCUCUGUCUUGCUACAUCAGUGCUGAGGACCUUUCUGUGCUGCAGGAGCGUAUUGAGCUGCUGCAUCGACAGUGGGAUGAAAUCUGUCACCAGCUGUCGCUCCGCAGGCAGCAGGUGAGCGAGAAGCUGAAUGAGUGGACUGUGUUCAACGAGAAGCACAAGGAGCUCUGCGAGUGGCUCACCAACAUGGAGAGCAAAGUGUCCCAGAAUGGAGACAUCAGCAUUGAGGAGAUGAUCGAGAAGCUCCGCAAGGACUACCAGGAGGAGAUCACAGUGGCUGAGGACAACAAGCUGCAGCUGCAUCAGUUGGGAGAACGCCUGGCCAGAGCCAGCCACCAGAGCAAAGCCAAUGAAAUAGAACAAAAACUCAACAAAGUCAGCGACCGCUGGCAGCAUCUCCUGGAUCUAAUUGGAGCUCGAGUGAAGAAGCUGAGAGAAACUCUGGUAGCCGUCCAGCAGCUGGAUAAAAACAUGAGCAGCCUGCGCUCCUGGCUCGCUCACAUUGAGACCGAGCUGUCCAAACCCAUCGCCUACGAUUCCUGUGACUUCCAGGAGAUUCAGAGGAAGCUCGAUCUGCAGCAGGAGCUUCAGCGGGACAUAGAGAAGCACAGUACAGGAGUGGCGUCUGUACUGAAUCUGUGUGAGGUGCUUCUGCACGACUGUGACGCCUGUGCCACCGAUGCAGAGUGCGACUCCAUCCAGCAGGCAACUCGUAGCCUUGAUCGCCGCUGGAGGAGCAUCUGUGCCUUGUCUAUGGAGAGGAGACUAAGGAUUGAGGAGACGUGGCGUUUAUGGCAGAAAUUCCUAGAUGACUUUGCACAUUUCGAGGAGUGGCUGGCCACUUCAGAGAAAACUGCAGCUCUGCCCAACUCCUCCGGUGUCCUGUACACUGUAGCCAAGGAGGAGCUAAAGAAAUUUGAGGCCUUCCAGAGACAAGUUCACGAAAGCCUGACCCAACUGGAAUUAAUCAACAAGCAAUACCGCCGCCUGGCCAGAGAGAACCGCACUGACUCUUCCUGUCGUCUGAGGGAGAUGGCUCAUGAUGCCAAUCAGCGAUGGGACAACCUGCAGAAGAGGGUGGCGUCCAUCCUUCGCAGGCUCAAGCACUUUAUCACUCAGAGAGAGGAGUUCGAGACCGCCAGAGACGGCAUUUUGGUUUGGCUGACAGAGAUGGACCUGCAGCUGACCAACAUCGAGCACUUCUCCGAGUGUGACAUUCAAGCCAAGAUCAAACAACUCAGGUCGUUCCAGCAGGAGAUUUCUCUGACAACAGCCAAGAUCGAACACAUCUUCCACCAGGGGGAGGCGCUGAUAGAGAAGAGUGAACCUCUGGAUGCUGCUGUCAUCGAGGAAGAGCUGGAAGAGCUGCAACGCUACUGCCAGGAGGUUUUUGGUCGAGUGGAGCGCUACUACAAGAAGCUCAUUCGCCUUCCUCUUGCAGACGAUGAUACUGAGGUGUCAUUCUCGGAUCGUGAGCUGGAGCUGGAUGAACCCUGUGAUUUGUCCAGCCUGCCAUGGAGUGAACGUCUGGGGGAUGGCUUCCUAUCACCUCUGCCCUCCUCCGGUCGCUCAGCCUCCCUGGCAGCUCAGCUCCGGACCGAGCGCUCGGGCAGAGACACCCCGGCAAGCGUGGACUCCAUUCCCCUGGAGUGGGACCAUGAUUACGACCUGAGCCGAGGGCUGGAGAGCGCCAGCAGAGCCCUGAGAGAGCAGCAGAGUGAGGAGGGAGACUUCCUCCAGCGUCCUGCCUCAGGCUUGUCAGAUGUAGUGAUCCCAGAGAGCCCUGAGGCCUAUGUUAAACUAACAGAACAAACACUGAGGUCCUCCACUGGGGAGGUCGCAUCUGGAGACUCUCAAAUUCACCCUCUUGAUGUCACCCGUUUCCACCUGCAACAAAUGGAAAGCAGCCGCAGCAGAACUCCCACAAGCACAGAACUGGACGCCUCAUAUAUGGGAUAUAUGCGGCUGUUGGGUGAGUGUCGUGGCAGCAUCGACGCAGUGAAGAGGAUGGGCUUUGAGCUGAAGGAGGAAGAGGAUACAGUGUCUGGACUGGCAGAUCCCAGUAGCUCAGAGUCCCAGACAUCAGGCGUUAUUGAGCGCUGGGAGCUCCUGCAGGCUCAGGACCUCAGUAAAGAGAUGCGUACGAAGCAGAACCAGCAGCAGUGGCAGCAGCUGAACUCUGACCUCAACAACAUUUGGACUUGGCUGGGAGAAACGGAGGAAGAGCUGGAGCAGCAGCGAAGGCUCGACCUGAGCACGGACAUCCAGACGAUUGAACUACGCAUCAAAAAGCUCAAGGAACUGCAAAAGGCGUAUGACAAGCGCAAGGCCAUCGUGCUUUCCAUCAACCUGUGCAGUGCUGAGUUCCUGCAGUCAGACACUGAGGAGUCCAGAGAGCUACAAGCCAAACUGAAAGACAUGAACAACCACUGGGACAAACUAGGCAGCUCGCUGGAGGAGUGGAGGUCUUCAUUGCAGGAAGCUCUAAUGCAAUGUCAAGACUUCCAUGAGAUGAGCCACGGUCUGCUGCUCUGGUUGGAAAACAUCGAUCGCAGGAGGAAUGAGGUGGUUCCCAUUGACCCGAUCCAGGACAGUGACACUCUACAUGAGCAUCAUAAAACACUCACGCAAAUCCGCCAGGAGCUGCUGGACUCUCAGCUCAAAGUCGCCUCCCUACAAGACAUGUCCCUCCAGUUGCUGGUCAACUCUCAGGGCAGCGACUGCCUGGAGGCCAAAGAGAAAGUUCACGUCAUUGGGAACCGCCUCAAACUGCUGCUGAAGGAAGUGACCCGAGACCUGCGAGAGCUGGCCAAGAUCCUGGACAUCACAAGCAGUCAACAGGAUCUGUCCUCUUGGUCGUCUGCUGAUGAGUUAGACACAUCUGGUUCCCUCAGUCCUGUAUCAGGAAGGAGUACACCAAGUCGGCGACGAUCGAAACGGGGCAAAAGUAGUCUGUCACAGCCUGGACCCUCUGUGAGCAGUCCACACCACAGGUCUCGCAGCGACGUUGGAUCCGCUUCCUCCCCUUCUGACUCGGAGACGCCGUCGGCUCGUAGGUCCUCGUUUCUGUGGCGCGUCCUCUGGGUCGCGCUGCCUCUCCAGCUCUUCCUGCUCCUGCUCGUGGUCUUCGCCUUCCUGCUGCCAAUGUCCGAGGAGGACUACUGCACUCAGUCCAACAACUUUGCUCAUUCCUUCUACCCGAUGCUCAGCUACACCAACGGACCUCCUCCAGUGUAGGUGGGCUGCCGAGACCACGUUUGACUUCACGUUGGUAUCUUUGAAGUCACGUUGGGUAGCAAAAACUGACCUUGGUCAUCUAUUUGUACUACAGAAAAAAGAACAGCUGCCAUCUCCAGUUAAUAUCUUUGUGUGUAGCACAUAGGAUCAAGCAUCUCACUAUGUUACUCUGUGUAAUGCUGUGUCAAUUAAGGAGCAUUUUUUUGGUGUUGUUACAAACCUGGAGAGACUGUGGACAUCUGCUGUUCACUCAGUGGUGUGUGUGUGUUGGAGACAACAGUCAGUGGAAAACGCCAAAGCAAAAAUGCUGAAUUAUAGCCUGUGAAUCUGCUCGUAACCGAAAAAUUUGUAAACGACGACAAAAAAAAACAGAACAUUAAAUAUAUCUUACAUUGCAAUUAUUUUUUUACCUGUAUUUUGGCAUGCAGUUUUAAUCCUUUUUGCUUUUAUUUACUGACAUCCCUCACUGUGUCUGUGGUAAACGAUCCAUUUUUAACUUGAAUUACAUGGAUUCACUUCAUUUAGGCCAAGCCGAGUGUUUUAAUAUCAUCGGACACAAUUCAAGAGUUUAAAAUCAUCCAUCCAUGGUCUUUAUACAUUCUGCUGUUUUAUUUUUGAAAAGUAUCAAAUCUGUCUUUAAGAUUGAGAAUUACGACAUAUAGAAAACUAUUGUAUAUUUUGUAUGACUGUCGGUUCGGUAUCAAAUGCAUAACAGUCUGAGAUUAUUUAACGUGUAUAUAAUGCAAAAAAGUUAAUAUGAGAAAUGUAUGUAUAUGCGACCAUCAGAAACAAUGAAUGCCAAAUCCUCA